AUGGACUUUUGCCAAUUGCUACGCGAGGAACGAGCACGAGCACGUGAAGCUGUGGGAAGUACAAGAAGAUCCGUGAUUCAUGAUAGUAAAGCACCCGGGAAGAAGACAAGAGAGCAAGAAGAAUUCAUUGCAUCAUUGUGGCUAACUCUGUCCUUGAAAGUCUGGACGAAAAGGUCCAAGCUUGACAUUGGAACGUUUGCCAAGGGUCCAAUUCCUGGCGUGUAUUAUAUUCCCAAUUGGAUCACACCCGAUGAAGAGAAGGCGAUUUUGGAACGGGUAUAUGCGAUUCCAGACGACAGUGAAUUGUGGGUAAAGCUCAAGCAUCGCCGUCUGCAAAUGUGGGGAGGUGAAGUGACGACCCCGUUUAUUCCAAAGCCAUUGCCUCAAUGGCUAAGGCAGAUCAGCAAAACACUUGUUGAGAUCGGGGUCUUUACGGAAGACAAGCAGCCUAAUCACGCAUUGAUAAAUGAAUAUGGUGUGGGGGAUUGUAUCCUGCCACAUGAGGACGGACCUGCCUACUUUCCUCUCGUGUCGAUUAUCAACACUGGUGCUGACUGCCGUGUUACGUUCAAGCGGCAUCGUGAAGCUGACAAUCGGAUUCAGAUCAAGUCGGCAUUGGAAAGAGACAAUGGUCGACACUUUGACUUUCAAUUGGAACGUCGUAGUCUAUUGCUGUUUACAGGGGAAGCGUACACGCGUUAUCUGCAUAGUAUCGACAACAUUGAAGUGGGUACGCGUAUCUCACUAACAGUUCGCCACGUCGAUCUCUACUAA